CGACCUCCAUGCCCACGACUGUUGACAUCGCAUCCUCGUUCAUCGAGGGUGCCCCGCCAGGCGAGCUCGCCGAUGUCGUUGCUGAUGUCAAGGCCUUGACGGCCGACGAUCCCAGCGUUAUUAGUUCCAUUGCGCCUGCGUUCCAGCGAUACAAUGAACAGCAAUUGGCGACUGUCAAGUUGCCUGGAGCAAGCCAAGAGGUUGUUAUAAGCGAGUUCAACAAGCUAGACGACGGUCGGUACUUUGACGUAGAGAGCUCGACGUCGUUUGACUUCGACCAUGUCACGCAGAAAGCAUCCAAUGCGCAGUCAUAUGUCCUUGAAUCAAAAAAUGAAGAUCUAAUUAAAUCGCUUCUUAAGGCCCUGGGCAAACAUGCCAGCGAGCACUACCCUAGCUGUUCGUACGGUGUUUACCCUACCGAGAACGACUCGGCGGUUGCCAUGGUUCUCGUCGCAAACCGCUAUUCUCCUAACAACUUUUGGAACGGCCGUUUCCGCUCCGUGUAUCAGUUCCCUGUCUCAUCCUCGUCGACCGUGACGGGUAAGAUCCAGGUUGAUGUCCACUACUACGAGGACGGUAACGUGGCGCUCAACACAACCAAGCCUAUUAGCAUCUCGAUCCCCUCCCUUUCCGCCGAGAGCGUCAUCUCUCGCAUCGCUGCCGCCGAACGAGACUACCAGGAGGAUCUGAACCGGGCGUUUGUGCAACUGGCCGACGGGGCCUUCAAGGGACUCCGUCGCCAGCUGCCCAUCACACGGCAAAAGGUUGAGUGGGAGAAGGUGGGCGGGUACCGGCUGGGACAGGACAUUUCAGGUGGAAAGGGACGGUGAUUGUUUCAGUGAACAUAGAAGUACAUAAGUUGUUUAAAUAGCAUCACUCACUAUCAUUUAUAACUAUAUAGUUCCAUCC